AUGGGAUCCAAAGUGAGUCGAAAUUCCGGUGGCCAUGCAACUGUUGCUGCAUACACUCAUGAUUAUUUACAGCAACAACAACAACAACAAAAAAAUGGAAUGACUCAUUCGGCCGAUUCAUUACCGGGUUCUUCAUCGGUUUCAACCACGGCAAGUUCUCAUCAACAGGAUACACAUCAAACGACUGGUUCAGAAAAUUCAAUCAUGAUGGAUGAGGAAAUGUAUGCUGCUUUGAUUAAUCAUGCUAAUUUGAGUGCUCCGAUGCAUUUACCACCUCCACAGAGAGUUGUUUAUUCAAAAAUUAAGCAAUGUAUAUUAUUUGAAGAUAUCCAUAAUGAUGAAUAUAUUAUGGAACGAUACUCGAUGUGUUUGUCAGACCCAAAGGCCAUGUUGGAUACUUAUUUAAAUUUAGAUAAUACCAUCACAAAGCAAUGGGAUGAACGUGUGAAAUUAUUGGAACAAGAACAAUUUAGUAGUAACAAUGAUGUCAUGACAAGCUCAUUUGAAGGAGUCGCUCCACCAGAGACACCCAUGAAUGAACAACUUGUUCAAAAACCAUCGACCAAUGCAAAGAAUAUGCAUUUAUUUUCUCCUCAAUUUUAUGAGUUAAUAACGAGUGCAAAAACUACGGUAAAAAAUCAACCAAUUUUAGAGCAAGGUCAUGAUCCAGAAUUGGAGGAAGUGAAACAAGUUUUAAAUUUUGAUAUUGGACUAUCACAACUGUCUUUAUCAACGACGGAUGGAGGACAUAACCAAGUGAUUGCUCGAGUUUUUGAGGAUUUAAUUCAAGGCAAUGAUGACGACUUGAAAUCAGCUCAAUCGACACCACAACGUUUACCAACCUCAGUCAUGAUCACACCUCAAAGUAGCAAACCUAAUGAUGAAAAAAUUCAACACUCCGCAGGUGUGACAUCAGAAAAGAAGGAAGUCAAAUGGAGAAGUGACAUUGUUGUCACAUCAGAGCCACCAUCAAUCACUCCGCACAAAAAAUCAAACACUUCUUUGAAUUCUCCAACGUUUGAUAAUCAGCAUCAUGAACAUUCAUCAUCCAUUUCAACACCCCAAAAUGCUCUUCCAGCAUUGUCUUCUACAACUGUCAACACCUAUUCCACUCCACCACCUCCAUCCAGUCAACCACACUCACAACAACCAUUUCAUUCCACUCCAACACCCAAGUCAACACUAACAAGAAGUAGUGCUGUCACUGACAUUCCAAUCAUCAAUACUUUUGAGGGAGCAAGUGCCAUGGUUGGAACCUCCAAUGCUGGUGUAGCAAUUUCGAAUUCCGAACUCGUCACAACCACCCAAAACUCUCUUACUGGUACUCUCACACAAGAAGAUAGCUUGAGAGAUUGGUGGGUCUCGAAUCCAACAUUGGAAAAAUCGAUCAAAAUCAAACUCAUUGUCACAGAUAUGCAUCAUCAUAACAAGACGAAACAAACCAUUCGUCAGAUUAUUAGCCCUUUAUUGUCUCCUUCUGCAAUUCUUCCUGCUUUUGGAAUGUUCCAUACGGCACUUGUCAUUUCAGAAUUUAAGCUCGAGUGGACAGAUAGCUCACUUUGCAUUCCUCGUAAAUUAACUUCUCAAUCUAGCUUUUUCUCUGCAGACAUUGAGGAAAUUACAACAGCCAAUGAUUUGGAAGACAUUGUGAAAAAGAUUUCCGAAGUCAUUUGUAGAUGGAAUUCUACCAUGAUAUACAGUGAAAGGAGAAGGAAAAAGAAAAAGAAAAAAUCCACACUUUCCAAAUCGACAUCGCUCAAAAAUUAUCCAAAUACUGGUAAUUGUCAGGAUUUUAUUUUUGACAUUUUAGAAAGCAUUGGAAAGAAAGAUGUAUUGGAAAAAUUAAUGAGUAGUGACAGUCCAAUGGGACAAUACAUGAGAGACAUGCGAAAAUAUGGUCGUUGCUCCAUGGAACUCAAAAUGAAUCACAUUUUCCGAGACAAAUUUGGAAUCAAGGAAAAGGUAGUGAAAUUUGCCACUCACAAAGAUUUGGACCUCUUCGUAAAACAAUUGGAACACAUUGAUCCCGAUUUCAAACAUACACACAAAAAUGAAUGGAUUCUUCUCAAAGGUUUUGAUCGAGCAUUUUGGAUUCGACAUUUGGCGUACAAAGACAAGGAAGAGUUACGACCACUCUAUGAAAAACAAGAAAAUGUUUUUGACAUGACCGAUUUGGAUAUGAGUGCCGAUGAUUCUACCAUGAUGACUCAUCAAUAUUGUGAAAUUUUGGCAUGUCCAUUCGAUGAUCCAACAAAAUCACUCUCCAUCAUUUUGAAACCUUAA